UGUUAGCUAUACGUUUUCCUAAAUCUUUUCCUGGGUCCGUUGCACCCUUUUCAAUAGCUGCGGUACUUUGUUGGCUAGGUCACGUAUUCUCUUCACAAUUGCGAUGUCGACGUUACAUGAUUUUGUUCGGAACUUCAAAAAAGUCCCGCAAACAAUGCGAGAAAUGUUUGCUGCAGAUCCUAAAAGAUUUUCAGAAUUCAGGUUACUUCUAUAUGUAUUUUCAUUGUUUCGAUUCCAGUCAGGUUUUGAGUCUUCCUGGCGGUACUAUUCUCUUGGACUACUCAAAAAACCUAAUUGACACUCAAAAUUUUGACCAGCUUAUCAAAUUGGCUAGAGAUAGUAAUGUUGAAAAAAUGCGUGAUGAUAUGAUGGAAGGAAGAAAAAUUAAUUUCACAGAAGAUAGAGCCGUCCUUCAUAUAGCUCUGCGUAACCGAUCAAACGUCCCGAUUAUGGUCGAUGGGAAAGAUGUUAUGCCGGGAGUUAACGCAGUUCUUGAACACAUGUCCAAGUUUUGCGAUUCUGUUAGAUCUGGUGAGUGGAAAGGCUACACAGGGAAGCAAAUAACAGAUGUUGUUAAUAUUGGUAUUGGUGGUUCAGACCUUGGUCCAGUCAUGGUUACAGAAUGCUUAAAACCUUAUGCAUCACAUAUUCGGGUACAUUUUGUUUCAAAUAUAGAUGGAACACACAUUGCGGAAACAUUAAAGAAAGUAAAUUCAGAGACAGUUCUGUUUAUCAUCGCCUCCAAGACCUUCACUACCAUUGAAACGAUGACCAAUGCGAACUCUGCCAAAGAAUGGUUCUUAGAACAUGCGAAAAAUGUUUCUCACGUGGCCAAGCACUUUGUCGCCUUAUCAACUAAUGCAACAGAAGUCUGCAAAUUUGGCAUAGCACCGGAAAACAUGUUUGAGUUUUGGGAUUGGGUUGGAGGUCGUUACUCAUUAUGGUCUGCCAUAGGUUUAUCUAUAGCUCUUUACGUAGGUAUGGAGAAUUUCAUUAAAUUGUUGGAAGGAGCUCAUGAAAUGGAUAAACACUUCAAAGAAACGCCAUUACAUAAAAACCUUCCUGUCAUCCUAGCUGUGUUAGGUGUAAUGUAUAUCAAUAUUUAUGGGGCAGAAACUCAAGCGAUUCUACCAUAUGAUCAAUAUAUGUCACGCUUUGCUGCAUAUUUCCAACAAGGUGAUAUGGAAUCGAAUGGAAAGUUUGUUAGACGUGAUGGCAAAGAAGUUGAUUAUUCCACUGGUCCCAUAGUUUGGGGUGAACCAGGAACAAAUGGUCAACAUGCAUUUUAUCAACUUAUUCAUCAAGGCACACGGUUAAUCCCAUGUGAUUUCUUGAUACCAGUACAUACACACAAUCCGGUUCAAGGUGGCUUACAUCAUGAGAUUCUCCUAUCUAACUUUUUGGCUCAAACUGAAGCUUUAAUGACUGGUAAAACAAAAGAAGAAGUUCAUAAGGAAUUGUUUGCUGCUGGAGUUACUGGCGACUUAUUAAAUUCACUUGCAUUGCAUAAAAGUUUCAAGGGUAAUCGUCCAUCUAAUUCCAUUGUGUUCACCAAAUUGACACCAUAUAUUUUGGGCGCUUUGAUUGCUAUGUAUGAACAUAAGAUAUUUGUUCAAGGAAUUAUAUGGAAUAUUAAUUCCUUUGAUCAAUGGGGUGUGGAGCUUGGAAAAGUGUUAGCCAAGAAAAUUCAACCAGAAUUAACUACCAAUGAGCUGGUUACUAGUCAUGACUCUUCAACAAAUGGAUUAAUUGCAUUUAUUAAAAAUCAUCGAAAGUAAAAUCGUGUUUGCCACACAGAAAAAAUAAAGAAAACAACUGGAUAAUCUUAGUGAAUUCAGUCGUAAUUAUAAUGAAAAUUUUAAUGAAUAAAUUUAAUAUUUAUAUUUGAUUUAAUCAAUUUCUUGAUAGUUAGUAGUAAAACAAUAUUAAAGUAGGAAAUUUUGAUAUUAUCAAUAACAAUUACCGUUAUUGUUAUUAUUACUAUUAUUACAAAACUAUUGUUUAAACUGUCGUCCGAUAAUCUUCAUCGGCUCUGUUUAGUUUUCUUGUUUUUCAUUAGUUAAUAGAUAUAUAUUUGUGAUAUAAAAUGAUCACAUAAUUACUGAAAUAUCGAUACUACUAUUCUGAUCUGAAUAAUUCUUAAUUUCUAGCUACUUUGUCUUAUCUGUCACCUUAGUGAGUAGUAUGGUCUCUUGUACUGCUUAUUUUUGGGUUUUGUUUACUAGUUAUACUAUAUACGUUUGAUUGAUUACAUGAGAGUGCAUGAAUAAAUUUUACUCUCAUUUAAUUUGUAUACCUCUCCCUCACUUGUUAUCAAUUUUGAUGAUGAAAUAUAAAACCUUUUAUGAAUUAUUGUGUUGAUUUUCAAAUACAGAUCAUUCAGCAGAUGAAGGCUAUCUCCACAGUUGAAUUUACGAGCUAUACCACUACGAGUCCUGAGUUCGAGUUCCGCGUGUGGGAUUGUGGAUGCACACUACUGAGGAGUCAUAUACUGGGACGAAACGGCUGUCCAGUGCUUCCAGGUUCCCAAUGAUGAUCUAGCUUAGAUUGACUCGUGAAUUCAACCGUGAAAAUACUGCAAUCGCUAAAAAUUCCCAUACUGAAAAUUAUCUAUUUAAGUUGGCUGGAGGAAAAGCGUAUAUCCAAAAGUUUCAUGUGUAUAGAAAUUCACAUACAAACUUUGCUUUAUUAGACUGAAGAAAUUUGUAAUCCCUACUUUCACUUAAUGAAUUAUAGAAUCUUACUCAGAAAAAGUUUUUUGACUCGUUAAGUCAAUGCGAUGGAUAAUUUGUAUCCCUUAUGUUGUACAAAUAGAAAUAUUGAACACGUAACAGCUAUUUAAACAUUGUUUAUGUACCUUAUAAAUAUAUUUUUGUGCAUAUUAUUCUGAGGUUUGAAGUUAAUGUAACUGAUGAGGUUCUUAACUGUUGCUUCAAGCAUUAUACGCAUUCUAACUACAAGUAUCCUAAAUUAAAAAACUUUUGGCACAUUUGUGAGUAAAGGAUAAGCUACCGGUGUAGUUACUUAAUUUUAUGGUCUUUGACAGGUGUGAUAAAAUUUAUUGACGUCUUAAAAAGCAGUCCGAUGAAUCGUAAAAUCUAUUGUCAGUAUAGAGUUGUGGAGAUUGCUGAAUUGGUCGAGCAAUAUCGUGGGUUGGAUGAAGUCAGACAUUAACACCAUUGGUUUAGAGGCCAAGUGUUCGCGCGUGACCGAAGAUACUGGGUACAAGUCCUGCUCACGGGAUCGUGGUUACACGCCAAUGAAGAGUCCUAUACUAAAACAAAACGGUCUUCCAGUGCUAUUAGGUUUCCAAUGGUGGUCUAAAAUUGGUCAGUUCAUGAUCUCGAAUAAAAUCUAUUGGACUACACCAUAUCGAUCAUUGCAAGCUAUCGGUCGGAUUCAUACUUCAGUAUGAUUUAUAAAAUCGAGCGAAGUUCAGUGAGAGAUCUAAGCUUACAUCAGUGUAAUCAAUAAUAUAUGCAAAUUUUCCCCUUAUUCUAUUUGAGUUACUUACAAACUAGAUUGAUCUUUUACUUUAACCAGUCAAUAUGCAAAUUUCGCUACAACUUUUCGUAUACAAUCAUUCACACCUCAGGAUUCUGUUAUUUGAAAUAUAAUGUUUUUUGCAUCAAUUACUUGGUUAAACUGACUUAUUAUGAUUUUCAACAUGCAAAUAUGCUAAACCCCAUGAAUUAUUAUCUAAUAUUUCUAUCCAAGUAAAAUAAAAUAUAAACACUUUUAUGUUUUGAGAAAAGUUCAUAUCCCUUUUGUCUCUUAACUAUCAAUACAUUACGAC